AUGCUUAGCCACGAAGAAGUCUUCCGCCUGCACUACUACCAGACUCGGCGUGGCAUCAAUCCUUCUCGCGAUCCAAUUGUGCGCCAGGCCUACUACCACCGCACCUUGAUACCGCACUUUGAGCCGCGCUACAUGUUCCCGCCCAUGAUGGAUUCCGGCCGCUCCAAGCGCACUCGCGCCUCGAUCAGCUACGUCGAGCCCACUGAGCUUGACGACGACAUCGCCGACCCUGAAGACUCCAGCCCCUUCGCCUCUGCCCCCGCUUCUGCCGACGAAUUGUCCGGCUCUGACGACUCUUGCUCUGAUGAAUCCGACUCCGACUCCGAUGAGUGGACCGACGACAAGAGAACACUCAAGGCCCGGUUCAAGGCUCAGCAGAAGAAGAAGCUGGCCAAGAAGGCAAAGGUCCAGGCAAAGAAGGCCCAGAAGAUCAAGGACAUGCCAUUCCGCUUCAUGGACCUGCCACCCGAGAUUCGCGUCAUGGUCUACAAGGAAGCUCUUGUCGAGUCCCGCAAGGACCUCAGCUUCGUCAGCAAGCACCAACAACGCGAGAUUUUCCGUGGCACACUCCAGAAGAAGCAUCACCACCUCUACUAUGGCAACGAAUGGGCUGUCAAGCGUGAAAGCUACUACAGCGACCGUACCGUACUCCAGCUUGCCCUCCUCCGAGUGUGCAAGGACAUCAACGCCGAAGCACUUCCCUACUUUUACGGUCAGACCUUCUCCUUCGGCCAGCCUGGCACUCUGAUGUUGUUCCUCGGCCGUGUCAGCCCUGCCAAUCGUCUGCUUCUCAGAAACAUCAUUGUCAAGGGCUGGAUCGACAACAAGAACUGGCGCAAGAACAUCUUCCCUGCCUUCACCAUGCUGUCCGCCGCCACAAACAUCAAAGGCAUCCUCCUGGACCGUGUGGUCUACAAUGACGCAGACGAUGGUGUCUACCGUCGUUUCCACGCAGAUCCCGCUGGCUUCUGGCAGGAUAUCCAGUACUGGGCUCUGGCCGUCGAUGGCGUUCACGGCAACGGUGCUGCCAACACAGAUGAACUGCUGUGA